AUGUUGCAGAGGAAUAUCGUCAUCAACAUGCAGUACACCGAGGUGACCGAGCGUCCCAAAUGCUGUGCCUGGGCUACACGCCACUGGGAACCAGGCGUCAUAGUAUCGUCGAUCGUUAUAGGCGCCAUCCUGGGCCUGUCGCUACGUGGCCAGUCUCUCACUGAACGGCAGUUCAUCUACAUCAGCUUUCCAGGAGAGGUGUAUUCCAGGAUGUUGGCCAUGUUGUUGCUGCCGCUCAAGAUGUCUUGCAUCGUGGGCUCCAUUGGAAGCACCUCGUACCGCACGGGCGGCAAGAUGCUGCGGUGCGCGCUCGCCUAUUGGUCCCUAAGCGCCGCCAGCGCCGCCGCCGUCGCCUUCGGCAGCGUGCUGCUCUUACGAACUGUUCGCGACGAGAUCGCUUCGUCGCUUCAGCUCAGCCCUUCGGCGGCGAUCAACGUGACCGCCAUUCAGACUACGGAUCUCGCCAUGGAAAUGAUCAGGGGCCUGUUCCCGCCGAAUAUCGUGGACGUGUCCAUGAAUAUCUGGCCCUCGGAUGACAUACCGCGCGGCAGCGAACUCUGGACCUACGAAUUUCACGAGCCGUGCCCGCAUCGGCGCUACGAACAAGGCACGGUCGAUUCUACGAGCCCUCUACGGAGAGUGAGCGGCCUCGGUCUCUUGUCGUUCGCGCUCGCGCUGGGCUUCGUGUUGGCGCACAACGCGGACGACCGCAACGUGUUGCUCAACUUCUUCAUCCAUCUGAGCAACGUGCUCGCCGCCAUGGGCCGCCUGCUCUCCUGGUUCCUGCCUCUGGGCCUCGUGUCGCUCACUGCCAAUGUCAUUCUACUGGCUGCCGCGAGCCUUCGCUCGGCGCAUAGCGUGUCGCUCCUGCUCACCUACUCGCUGAACGUGGCGGUGGCCGUGCUGGUGCACACUUUCGUCGUGCUACCCCUCGUCCAGUGGCUCCUGGUUCUGCGCUGGAACCGCGGCAUGAUAGGGUUCCUCGGCCAGACGUACGUGCCACUGGUGGUAAGCGCGAGCACGCGUUCGAUGGCAGCCAGUCUGCCCCUGGGCGUGUCCGUGCUAGAGAUGAAGAGCGGCUUGGACGCCCGAGUGGUGCGCACCGUGCUUCCAAUGGGCAUCGUGUUGGGCCGCUCGGGAAGCGUGGCUCAGCUGUGUGUGUCCCUCCUGUUCCUCACGCACAUGUACAGGGUGGAUCUCCAGGGCUGGGAGCUGAUAGGCGCCGCUGCAAACGCCAUAGUGGCGAGCCUGUCAGAUGACGGAGCUUCGCCUGCAAUAGUCAGCCUCCUCCUAGGAGUCAAGGGAUUCCACAAGGAACCACUUGUGGUGGCUGCCGAACCACUUGUGCAGUGGCUCACUACAAUGGCCGACGCCUACUGCAACUGCGUGGUGGCCACUGUCUGCUUUGAUAUUGUGCACGAAGACCUCUCGGAAGACGAUGAGGUUGCCGGUGAUGAGGCUUAA